UACAAAUGCAGAUUUUAUUCUACAAUUCAUUAAUUAAGCACAGAAUUUUUUAUUUCGAUGCGCGUGGCUCUUGUGGUCCUCCAUACAUACCAGGAUAUGUCUCUAAACAAGGAGUUACCGCAGGGACCGGAUCUGACUAACACGCUGGUGGGUGUUCUUUUAAGAUUCCGUGAAGAUUCAGUAGCGCUGAUGGCAGACAUUGAAUCAAUGUUUUACCAAGUCAAUGUACCAGAAAGGGAUGCUGAUCUUCUUCGUUUUCUCUGGUGGCCAGAUGGCAAGCUGGAUGAGCCCAUGAAGGAAUAUAGGAUGAUGGUGCACCUCUUCGGAGCUACUUCCUCACCAAGCGUCGCCUCAUAUGCGCUAAGAAGAACGGCAGAAGAUCACAAGGAAGAAGCAUCUCCAGAAGCUGUUCAGACAGUCCUGUGCAACUUCUACGUUGAUGACUGUCUGAAAAGUGUAGCUACAGAAGAGGCUGCAGUGAAAUUAGUCAGUGAUCUUCGUGCUCUGUGUACCAGUGGAGGGUUUACAUUAACAAAAUGGACAAGUAACAGUAGAAAAGUGUUGAUGUCAAUUCCUGAAGAACACAGAGCCAACGAGGUGAAAGAUCUGGAUCUUAGGCAUGACACUUUGCCAGUUGAGAGAACUCUAGGUGUACAGUGGAACACAGAAGCAGAUACCUUCACUUACACUAUAAGGUUGCAAGACAAGCCAAUGACCAGAAGAGGCAUUUUGUCAGUCAUUAAUUCAAUUUAUGACCCUCUUGGCUUUCUAGCACCAGUCAUCUUGCCUGCAAAACUUUUGUUGAAAGAUCUCUGUAAAGAGCAGCAUGGUUGGGACAAGGAGAUCAAUGAAAAGCAUGCAAAAAUUUGGAAAAAAUGGAAAGAAGACGUUGUACUCCUCUCCAACUUCCAUGUGAGUAGAUGCCUAAAGCCUACAGGUUUCGGAUGCACCGUUGUUGCGCAGUUGCACCAUUUUUCCGAUGCUUCAGAUUACGCAUAUGGAACUGUCUCUUACCUGUUGAUGGAAAAUAGACGAGGCAAAAGACAUUGUGCCUUUCUCAUUGGGAAAUCAAGAGUUUCUCCGCUCAAGCAAGUCACAAUUCCUAGGCUUGAGCUGACUGCAGCAGUGAUUUCAGUGAGGAUGGACAGAUUACUGCGACAAGAACUUCAAGUUCCUCUGCAACAAUCAGUCUUCUGGAUGGACAGCACAACUGUGCUUAGAUACAUUGAUAGCGAAACAUCUCGCUUCAAAACUUUCGUUGCAAAUAGAGUUUCACUGAUUCGAGAAGCAACCAAGCCAUCGCAAUGGAAGUAUGUGACAUCGACAGAAAAUCCUGCGGAUCAAGCAAGCAGAGGCUUAAAGGCAAAAGAUCUGCUGGAAGGAGGUUCAUGAAUUCACGGGCCGAACUAUCUUCUAGAUGAAAACGAAUGGCCAGAACAGCCAGUGAGAAAGAAGGAAAACCUUCAAAAUGAUCCAGAAGUCAAGACUUCAGCAACGGUUAAUAUACUGAAAGUUGAGGAAGGCAUGGAACCAAUGAAACAUGUGAUUGACUACUAUUCAGACUGGAAUAAACUGAAAAGAGCAGUGGCCUGGAUAAUGAAGCUAAGGAAGGUGCUGUGGAUGUUAAAAGAAGCAAGAAAACAUUACUCAAACAUAGUCCAGAAAAAUAAAAAUGAUCCUGAAAAGCGAAAGUUAAAGUUGCAAGUGCACAUGGAGACAUUUAAAUCUGCAAUGGGAAAGAAAGCGCUUGCUUUGGAGGAUCUUGAGGCUGCCGAAUCGGAAAUUGUUCGCUUCAGCCAGAAACAACAUCAUGGAGAGGAGAUCAAAAUCCUACAGAAGGGAGGACAGCUCAGCUGUUCAAAUUAGACCCAGUUCUUCGAGAUGGGAUGCUGAGAGUUGGUGGCAGACUCAAUAAAUCAGGCUUGCCAGAAAAUGCUAAACAACCAGCAAUUCUUUCUAAACACAGCAAAAUCUCUGAAAUCAUUUUGAGAGACAUCCAUCAACGAACUGGUCACUGCGGUCGCAAUUAUGUGCUGGCGCAACUGCGAUGCAGAUAUUGGAUUCCUCAAGCCAAUUCGGCAAUUAGAAAGAUAAUCAACAAAUGUCAAACUUGCCGUAGGAUUUCUGGAAGGAUUGGUGAGCAGAAGAUGGCAGACUUACCUGAAGACCGUCUUCUACCAGACAAACCUCCGUUUACAAACACUGGUGUCGACUACUUUGGCCCAUUUGAUGUCAAGCGGGGCCGGGGUACUGUCAAAAGAUAUGGUGUCAUGUUUACCUGCCUCACUCUCAGAGCUGUACAUAUUGAAGUUGCAGACAGUCUUGACACAGACUCCUGUAUCAAUGCGAUUUGACGUUUCAUCUGCAGAAGAGGUCAAGUUACCAUCAUGAGGUCAGAUAAUGGCACAAACUUUGUGGCAGCGGAAAGGGAGUUGAGGGAAGCCAUUCAAAGACUGGAUCACGACAAAAUAGAAAGAAUCCUACAACCAAAAGGUAUAAAGUGGAUUUUUAACAGCCUGGCUGCUUCACAUCAAGGUGGAGUUUGGGAGAGACAAAUUCGAACAGUGCGUCGAAUUCUCAGCGCUCUCUUGAAGGAACAAGUGCCAAAUGAAGAUUGUCUUCAUACGAUAAUGUGUGAGAUUGAAAGCAUCAUUAAUGGCAGACCUCUCACAAGCGUCUCAGAUGACAUAAAUGACGUUGAAGCUUUAACGCCGAGCCAUCUGUUGCUACUUAAGUCACAGCCCCUCAUGCCUCCAGGUGUCUUCAACAAAAAUGAUGCAUACACCAGAAGAAGAUGGAGACAGGUUCAAUAUCUAGCAGAUUUGUUUUGGACCAGAUGGACUCGUGAAUAUCUUCCACUUCUGCAAGAGCGCCAGAAGUGGCUGAAACCGAGAAGAAACUUCAUGGUCGGAGAUCUUGUGCUGCUGGUGGACAGUUCUUCUCCACGCAACUCCUGGCUCAUGGGGAGAGUGGUUGAGACGUUGCCAGACUCAAGUGGAACAGUCCGAAGAUUGAAAGUAAAAACUAAAAGCAACAUCCUGGAAAGACCCGUUAACAAGUUGUGUCUUCUGGAGGAGGCUUCAUCCGAGCGAUGAAGAGAAAGAAUGUUUGUUCAUGGACAUUACAAUUAGGUUGGCUCUUAAUGAUUAAUGUGUAAGUUAAUAAUUGUCUAGUUCUCUCACCUAACCAAUUAGGGGCCGGAUGAUGUAAGAGCCAAUUAAAGGUUAAUUUUAUUGGUA